CAUGAUUUGACAAGUAGCCAAUGGGCUCCACGACCGCUGUCACGUGACUCGGGCUGAGCGCUUCCUGCGGCUGUGCAAAAGAGACUGGCGAUCUCAGCAACGGAGAAUUGCAGUUUCUGGUAGUGGUGGAAGAAGCAGACCCAAUGAUGGCCUCCGGUCCUAUAGCACCUUACAACUCCAGUCCUCUGAGGAACAGCUCCAGCCAAAAUGCGUCUAGAGAGAGCCUGAAGAUGGAGCCACUGGCAGAUGUUGCCUUACUGCCCGGAGAAGAGAGAGUGAUUGACAAGGACAUCAUCUACAUAUGCCCAUUUAAUGGUGCGCUCAAAGGAAAGGUGUUCAUCACCAACUACAGACUCUGCUUCAAGUGCACUGAAACAGAGACAACAGUUACUCUGAACAUCCCCUUAGGUGUCAUAAGUCGCGUAGAGAAGAUGGGCGGAGCCACCAGUCGAGGAGAGAACUCUUACGGGCUUGACAUCACCUGCAAGGACAUGAGGAACCUGCGAUUUGCUCUGAAGCAAGAAGGCCACAGUCGAAGAGAUAUCUUUGAUAUUCUUUUCAAAUAUGCUUUUCCACUUUCUCAUGGAAUGCAACUCUUUGCAUUUCUGAGUCAGGAAAAGUAUGAGGAGAAUGGCUGGAAUGUGUAUGAGCCCAUGGAAGAGUACAGGAGGCAGGGUCUACCAAAUAAUGAGUGGAGGGUCACUUUCAUCAAUAUGAACUAUGAGCUGUGUGACACCUAUCCUACAGUUCUUGUCGUUCCAUACAAAGCCCCAGAUGAAGAUCUGAGAAGAGUCGCAACAUUCAGGUCUCGUUGCCGCAUCCCGGUAUUGUCAUGGUUUCAUAAAGAGAACCAUGCUGUGAUCACACGGUGUAGCCAGCCUUUGGUGGGCAUGAGUGGCAAGCGCAACAAAGAUGACGAACGUUACUUGGACCUAAUUCGAGAGGCCAAUGGUACCACAAAACUCACCAUCUAUGACGCCAGGCCCAACGUCAAUGCUGUGGCAAACAAGGCCACGGGCGGGGGUUACGAGGGUGAUGAUGCAUAUCAGAACGCUGAGUUGGUCUUUCUGGACAUCCAUAAUAUCCAUGUGAUGAGAGAGUCACUGAAGAAACUAAAGGACAUUGUCUACCCCAAUGUGGAAGAUUCUCACUGGCUCUCCAGCCUGGAGUCAACCCACUGGCUAGAGCAUAUAAAGCUGGUGUUGUCAGGGGCCAUCCAGGUGGCUGAUAAGGUGUCGUCUGGUAACUCUGUGGUGGUGCACUGCAGUGAUGGCUGGGACCGCACAGCUCAGCUCACCUCUCUGUCCAUGCUGAUGCUGGACUCCUACUACAGAACUCUCAGGGGAUUCCAGGUGCUACUGGAGAAAGAAUGGAUCAGCUUCGGACACAAGUUCGCCUCAAGAAUCGGCCAUGGAGACAAAAACCAUGCAGAUCAGGACAGAUCACCUAUCUUUUUGCAAUUUAUCGACUGCGUGUGGCAGAUGACUAAACAGUUCCCCACAGCAUUUGAGUUUAAUGAACGUCUCCUAGUGGUAAUCCUGGAUCACCUGUUCAGCUGCCGCUUUGGAACAUUUCUCUAUAACUGUGAGAGUGCCCGUGAAAGCAAUAACGUUCGGACAAAAACGGUAUCUCUGUGGUCGUUGAUCAACAGCAACACAUCCUCAUAUAUAAAUCCCUUCUACACGUCAGAGUCAAGUCGCGUACUUUACCCUGUAGCCAGUAUGCGCCACCUAGAGCUGUGGGUGACUUAUUACAUCCGUUGGAACCCUCGCAUACAACACCAGCAACAGAGUCCAGUGGAGCAGCGCUAUAAGGAGCUACUAGCGUUAAGGGAUCAGUACCUGAAGAAACUGGAGGAACUGCAGCUAUCAGACUCCACACAAUCCACCACCCACUUGACCAACAGCUCCACCCCCAAUGCUGCCACGCCCAAUCAGCACAUCACACACUUACAAACACCAUUUUGAUCCCACUCGCAAACUGUUACAGACAUCGGACAUUUGUACAUAGCAAUAGUAAUAAUUAUGGUAACACGAUUAGUAGUGAUGUCUGACAACGAGUAACAAAACAGUUAUGCAAUAAAACCACAGUACGGCCUUCAUCGUGCAAAAAAACAACUAGUUUGACCUGGAUGAAAAGAGAAGCCUUAAAGUGACAGUGCUUUUCUUCAUUGACAAAGGUGAUUGGAAUUGUGUACACGUAUCUAAGAAACCACUUGGAAACUUUUUGGAAUAGUCAUGUGAUGUUUGAAAGCGAUUGCGUUGGAUGGAUGCACAUGAUUUUUGUGUUGCGUUAUGCACGUCAUUAGGGAUCCUGGAUCUAAAGUGUCUAGAUCUGAAUGGAGAAGAGUUUAAACAUUUUUGAAUGUUGAGCACUGGUAUGAUAGUGUCUAUGAGGUAGUCAAAGAGAGAGAAUGUGUUGGUCUUGUUUACGGAGUGCUCCUGUAUGAACUUUAGUUUGCAUAUUGUCCUGUCAAUCCAGAGUCAAGCAGGGUCCUCAGCCGUCGGAAGAGCAGUCGUUUCAUUUGUUAAAAUACUUGGUUUAACUGCAUGACAAACUUUGACUGACCUCAAAAGGUAAAGGAAGCUUUUGUUGCAUAAAUGUCUUAAUGUUUCCAACAUAAAUGUCAUUCGCUGCGCAGUUGAGUAUGGUAGAAAAAUGGUCAUUUACAUUAGCUUAUUGAACAGAACCAGGUUUUUUUUUUUAUAUAUAAGAGAGUGACAGAGAGACCAUUUCAGUGCCUUUACUCGUAUCUGAGGUUUUCAGGUGUAUAUUUAAUAGAGAAAAUAGUUUUCCUUUAUGACAGCAUUAGUGGUAGUACAGAAUGUUUUCCAUUCACUGUGUGUAUGAACCGACAGGUUGAUUCUUCUCCUUGUGAGGAUUGGAGAUUGAAUGCCUGUACUCCAAACCCCAUGGGCGGCUUUAGUUUACCCCUAAAAAUGAUGUGCAGUUGCCACAUAAAGCUACUAUUUGGCCUAUUUCGGGUCAGACUGUAUUGCUCCCAAAGAGACAGAGUAUCAAAGUUCUCCCUAGUCCUUUUAGGUAGGACAGAGUGGUUGAGAUAUGAAGUGGCAUGUUUGAGCUGUCUCACAAUCGGAGUUGUGACUAACAUGGGCUAUAGAGUAACUGAGACCAUAUUGGGAGGCUACUGUAUGUCAUGCUGCCUUCUAAAGACUUUGACCUCAAUGAGGAUAUGAAGUUUAAACCACAGUGUGUGAAGAAGACAACUUUCGAUAAACAAAUAAACCAUUUACGGUUGGUUUGUUAUUAGGGGGGAUAAUGACAAAAAUCUAUUUUUUAUUUUGUAGAAGUACCAGAACUAUGUAAUUACCUCAAACAGAAACCUAUUUUACUGUUGAAAGUUCUAUUGUUGUAAAAUAUUAUUAUUUUAUUCAGUGUAAAAUUUGACAGUUUUAUAAAAAUGAAAGUAAUUAGAAAAAAGUUUUGGUAAUUGUAGGUAAUUUCUUUGACAUCCUCAUAUAUAAUUUCUUUUUUCAUUUGUUUUUGUAAUGGGCAUUUAGAUUUAGCUUUUUUAGAUCUGAGAAUGAUCUGAUUCUGUAGGGAAUUCUUUUGUUCUCAGUCCCCUUGCUCAAUGAAUGAGAUUGAGUGAAGGAAAGCUGCACUCUGAUUUUUUUCUUUUUCCUGACAUUAACUUUAGUUAGGCAUAACAGUUAAAAGGGAUCUAUUUGUGUUUUGUAUUCCCAUAUGUAUGCUCUAUUUGUUGACCAGCUAUUGUUUGUACAUAAUGCUGAUUAAAUUAAUUUAAAGAGUUCACAUGAAGAAAAAAAAAGACUCCUUAUGCUCGU